AUGUCUUCGUCUUCAUCUCCAGCUCAAACAAGGAGGUGUCGGUACUGUGGAGCUGCAAUGGUGCUUCGGGUUUCAAAAUCAGAUAAAAAUCGAGGGAAGCCAUUUUGGAAAUAUCUAAUCUCCUAUGGAGCCACCAGUUGCAAUGAAUUCGAAUGGGUUGAUGUAACCUCUGCUGAAGCAGAACAACAAGAUGACACGUAUGAUGCUACGGUGCUGAAGUGCAUUAAGGACUUGGUGGAUCAGCAUUGA